CUGCAUUUCCAAUCUUCUAAAAAAAAAUUCCCAAAAACUCGUCUCUCCUUUUCCAGAAAUUUUUUAUUCUUCUCUCCAUUCCAUAAUAACCACAACUUUCUCAUAUUCCCAAAUUUGUCCCCCAAUUUCCCAUAAAUUUCACAACCAGGCCCUCUUUUCUCUUCUUCUUCUUCUUCUUCUUCUUCCAUUUCCAGGCAAGCCCAACUCAACCCAGUCUUGCUCUGAGUUAUCUCUCUCUUCUCUCUCUCCUCAAUCAGGGUUUACAAGUCUUCGUUUUUGCAGGGAGGAAUAGGGUUCUGCGUUUGAGAUCCGAGAUCUUAAAGCAGUGCCCCUCAUUUGAUCUCGUUUCCUAUUCAUGUGUUGAGAGCUAAUCUUUAUACUUCGAGAAAUGGGUUUAUUGUUCAGUCGGAUGUUCUCUUCGGUUUUUGGCAAUAAAGAAGCUCGGAUCCUUGUCCUCGGCCUCGACAAUGCCGGAAAAACCACCAUUCUUUAUCGGCUUCAGAUGGGGGAAGUUGUCUCCACCAUUCCAACAAUUGGAUUCAAUGUUGAAACAGUUCAGUAUAACAACAUCAAAUUCCAAGUCUGGGAUCUGGGUGGACAAACAAGUAUCAGGCCAUAUUGGAGAUGCUAUUUUCCAAACACCCAAGCCAUAAUCUAUGUCGUUGAUUCCAGUGACACUGAUAGACUGGUAAUAGCUAAAGAGGAAUUUCAUGCAAUUUUGGAGGAGGAAGAAUUAAGAGGUGCAGUUGUUCUCAUUUUUGCAAAUAAGCAGGAUCUUCCUGGUGCACUAGAUGAUGCUGCAAUCACUGAGGCUUUGGAGUUGCACAAGAUUAAGAACCGCCAAUGGUCUAUUUUUAAAACUUCUGCCAUUAAAGGGGAAGGUCUCUUUGAGGGCUUGGACUGGUUGAGCAAUACACUGAAAUCUGGAAGUGGCUAACUCAAUUUGGGUUGGAGAAGAAUUACAAGAUUGUUGCCGUGUGGCCAUUCUGGAAUCUCGAAGGUUGACGGUCUUUUACUUGGUAUGACUUUCUGAUAGAAAAUUCUUGUCAUGAGUGGUUGUCCAUUGACCUACGAUUUUUUUUUUCUCCCAUUUUGGAUUAGACAACUGAUAUACAUGUAAAAUUUUCAUUAUAGAUUAUUUGUGUUUUUGCGAUAAAACAAAUUCAUCUAUGUUAGUUCUCCUUUUGUUUGUUUUAUGCGUUAUGGGAUAUACUUAUUAUACUUAAGUGGUUGAAUCCCUGACUUUGAAGAUGGAAGGUAAGCUUAUUUGGCUUACUUACUGUCCUUUGCUAAAGUGGAUACACUGAGAAUUUUAGUUAAUCAUCAUAAAUAUUUUUUAUUCCAAUCAUAUGGAGAAUGAAUUAACUUGAUGUGUUAUUAUUCUGAA